AUGUCUCCAUCAAGAAAACGUUCGGAGAUCACCUUCAGCCGACCACCCCCCGCACACGUUAAAGUCAACAAAUCGUUCAAAGUCAUCAUACAAGCCCCCUCCGGCGGUAAUAAUGGUGACAUGGGAUAUCUUUCACUCUAUCGCGUGUCAUCACGUUCGGGGGACUUAACGUUAGCACCCGAGCUGAUCGGGGGAGAACCCGUUGGGAAUUGGGACCUGCGCCGCUCUACUAGCAACGGUCGGGACGUCGACACUAUGGAAUUCAAAAUCAAAGUGACCCAAGCCGGUUCCUAUCAUAUCAGAAUACACAUCUACGGCCCACCGGCCAUUGGAGGGGGCAGGGAUGAUUUUUCUGUGGAACACAUCAAAGACUUGGAUAGUGCGAAGUUCCACGUGGGGGAAUAG